AAACUGAAUUAACACAUUUAUUCAGCCCCAGCAAACACAUUCUGUACUUUAAGUUGCCUAUGUUAAACAUUCAUUUAACCUUAACCCCACAAGUUAGUAAACAACGUGAAAAACUCGUGUUAACUUAGUGAAGAUGACUACCGCCGAAGAAAAACAAAUUGUUUCUUAUCUAUUAGACUUGGGUUGUUGCCUCAAUUGUUCAAUUCGAUAUUUAUGUGACAAACAACUGGAGUUUUCUGAAUUAGACGAUUUUUUAUCACAAAAACUAAUUAUUAAUGAGGUGGAAAUUAAGGAAGAAGAUCAGAUAAAACGUGUUAAAAAUAAUGCUUGCAUCGUUUGUUUGGGUUUACUACAAGAUCACAUGCUACAAGAGAUUCUAAAUUGUCCAGAUCUGCAAAAGACACAAAACUAUGACAAUCCAAUGUUCUCAGUUUCAAUCAGUAUGCCAGCAAGUAUUUUACUUAGGGAGCAUAGUAUGAGACUGCAUGUGGUGGAAAAGUUUCCAGCAUUUUUUACUGAUGAUAAACUUGAAAUUCCAAUAAAUCGCGUGUGGAAAAUGUUUGUCAAAAAUCCCUUGGCAAAAACCCUGAACAAAACCUUUCAGUCUUCGGACAUCGGUGAUUUCUUUAUCAACAUCACCACCGAUUAUAUCGAUGAUAUUGAAGAAUUGAAAGCCCUGCAAGUUAUGCAACCCAAAGACUUUCAAAUCCGAACAACUCAACAUCGAAAAUACCAUGGUGAGCUCUUCACACGCAAAGGAGUGCUUCAAAUUCUAUCGAAAUCUUCAGAAAAAUUAUUCAGGAUGCACUCUGCUUGUCCACCAACAAUACCCAACAACUUUCUAACUUGUAAAGCAAUCGAAUGUAAACAUAACUCUAUAUUUAUUGCUGGUAGAUAUUGUAAAUAUUCACGAGAGUUAAGUCAAUCGCCUUGGGUGGUAGAUGGCGUGAAACUGAUGGAUACAUCAGUACAAGAAAUAAUGUUUGAUGUUAUUUCGAUUAUGCUUUCUACGCCUGUUGAUAACUUGAAGUUUUCAUCAAGUGGCAGAGAAGAUUGUGAUGUGAGGUGUUUAGGGAAAGGUCGGCCAUUUUAUAUCGAAAUAUUAGACCCAAAGAAAACUCAGUUUUCUUUUGAAGAAUUUAGACGCAUUGAGAAUAAAGUAAACAAAUCAGAAUUAAUUAAAAUUCGAGACUUGCAGAUGGUUGCACGAAGUGAUACAAAUUAUAUUAAGCAAGGAGAAGAAUCAAAGACGAAAAAUUACGUUGCUUUGUGUGUGACUAAGCAGAAAGUAACACAAGAAAUGUUGGAUAAAAUAAAUGAUUAUGGCGAGGUGGAAAUUCAACAAAAAACGCCAAUCAGAGUGUUGCACAGGAGACCGUUGGCUGUUCGGCCGAGAAUGAUAUUAUCAAUGAAGGCAACUUUAACGGAAAAUGAACAUUGUUUCGAGUUAGAAGUCGUGACACAGGCGGGAACUUAUGUUAAAGAAUUUGUUCAUGGUGAUUUUGGGCGUACACGGCCGAAUAUUAAUGAAAUAAUUGGAUGCGAUGUGGAUAUUGCUGCUCUUGAUGUGAUUUCGAUUAAUUUGGACUGGCCAGCGGAAAUUGAUUACAAUAGAUGUAUACAAUUGUAAAUACUUGAAAUAUAUGCAACAUAAAUUCAAA